AUGGCCUUACUCUUAGUCAUUUCCGCGAUUAUGUUUGCAGCAGUUCCUGUCCUACCAGUCGAGGGAACCGCUAAGGGUGCUGUUCCUCUGGACACUCUAACAUUUGACAAGGUAUUUUUAAAAUGGUUAGGACCAUAAAGUGGCGCCUAGAUCAUGAUUGGUCAUGUGCAUGCCCAAAUUAUCUACGGGCUCUUAUUUAGAGUCUUUAGAGUUGGCUGUCCAGACCAUCCCGGUCGUAAAGAGGUUUCCACUAUUAAUCUGGACUAUCCAGCCUGAUAAGUCUUUUCCUAAAUAGUGUGCAUGACUGUGAGGGGUUUUGGCGAAAAGCCUUGCAUUUCAGUUUCAAAAUGACCUGCAGUGAUUUAAUCUUAUAUGAUGGCUGAUAUCAUGGCAGCCAAAGAUCUUGGAAUUGUAAGCUUGGAUCUCAACUUUAUUUGAUAAAAGUGUUUCAUAAGGCAUUUGCAGUUGAGGAAACAAGUAAAAUUUUCCAAGUUUUUUCAAAAGUAGAUGGCUUUUCGUGAGUUCGUACAUAUACGUGUUACACGUGUUAAGUUCUUUAGACAAAACAACGUGCUCAGCUGCCAUUGGUCAACUUUAAACAAUUUUUGUUACGGUUUUGUUACAGAAGCGUGACUCAACCACUCCCUGUACUUUGUAAUGUCCAAAUCAGAGCUGAUCACAUAAGCAAUAAGAAUGUGUGGAGCAUUAGAAUUAAAGGCCUAUAUUAAUAUUUGUGACUGUAUGGAGAAGUGGAGAGGAUAUUAAAUAUUGCUUUUUACAAUGAAAUAUUCAUCCAGAAAUCUGUGAUACCAGUAGUCCAUCUUGGUGGUGUGAAGUCUAAUAUUAUUAUUUUGUUGUGUUUGUGUUCUUGUGGUCUUGUUUUCUGAGAGUUUCCCCAGCUACUUUCAUUGGAAAAUAGAAGAAAAAUAGAACCAAAAGAAAUCCGUAGCUGUUUGUGCCUACUUGUUGUAUUUGCCUGGCAACUUAAAAUCUUAGUGACAAACCUGCUAUGGAGGGAUAUUUAAUUUCAUGUAAGACUUAUGUUUCUUUUCUCAUAACUUUUUUCGGAGGCAGGUCAUUGGAAAACACAAGGCAGUUCUUGUUAAGUUUGACAAACAGUAUGCAUAUGGGGAAAAAGAGGAUGAGUUUAAGAAAUUUGCUGAGAAAGCAUCUUCACAGCCAGAUCUUCUAGUUGCUGAGGUUGGAGUAUCAGGUAUUGAAAUUACAUUGGACAUGUUUAUUAUGCAGCGGUGUGUAUGUAUGCAUACUUCCAGAUUAAUACAGCUACAGACAGGGGUUAUGUGUAUCCUGUGUGCCUCUAUCAUUAUUUAUUGUCCCCAAUAGUACAAUAUUAGGAGGCAAUUUUACAGAACUCAGUAAUAUUAUUAUUAAGAAACAGUGUUUAUCAUUUUUAAUAAUAUUUGUCAACGUUAAUACUAUUGUUUGCUGUACUAACCACAAACAAAGAAAAAGAGACACAUCCAGUUUUUCGAAAAUAUCUGAAAAUAAAAUGUGAAAACCAUACUCCCUUCAUAAUGGCAAAAAAGUUCAUAAAUAAUAUGUUGUUCUUCUGGGUUCGGUUUUUUCAAGGGAAUCAAAAAAUGUACUCUUAAUAUUGUCAUUAAUAGACACACCCACCAAAUAAUUUGAUUAUAAUUUGGUCAUAUGGCUGAGUUCUGCUGUACCACCUUCACCCUUUCACUCCCAAAAGCAGCCAAAGUAAGAAAAAAUCAAAUCCUCAUUUCAUUUAGUUUAAUGUUGAAAAACAAAUACAAUUACUGUAGUACUAUGUGGUGCACCAACUCAAAAGUUAGAACCACCUCUUAGGAAUCAAUAAUUAUUCAUUGUGCACUGCAGGCAUUCUCCUCAGCUGGGGAAAACAUUAUGCUUGGGUAACCGCAUUGCUGAAUUCUAAAAACAUUGAGGAGCUGUGGGGAAUCACAGUGGGUGGAGAUGCCAGAAAGAAGUCUUUUUGCCACCCCUCCCUUGUCUCCUUCUUUCACCAUUCUACCUACCCCGGGGGUUGAUAUUUCAACUCUCUCUCUCCUGUCUUGCUUAGUGAUAUUCAAGGGUGACAGUCAUGGCAUUACAAACAUAAACAAGCUGCUUUCGCUUACCCAAUAAAUAAGCCUGCAGAUGGGACACAUUUAUGUACCAUGUGCCUAGUUAAUCUUGUAGGAUGUGGUAUUUACAGUAUUUCAUCUUUUUUGUAGAGUAUGGUGAAAAGGAAAAUGACCAACUAAGAGAGCGAUUUAACAUCAACAAGGAUGACUUCCCGGUAUACAAGCUAUUCAAACAGAAUGAGGCCAAUCCAGUUGACUUCAAGGGGGAGGUCAAGGCUGAUGAACUCUCUCAGUUUAUCAAAACAAACGCCCGUCUUUGGAUAGGUAGCUGUGAUGUAUUACUGAAUACUUUUCAUAUGGAUGAUCCUACUGCUCUCAUAAAAUAAUAAUAAUAAUAACAAUAAUGAUGAUGGUAAUAUUUUUUUUAAAAAGAAUUUUAACAAUAAUUACUUUAUUAAAAAGAAACUAUUAAAAUCCUAUUUACAAUUAAUUCACUUUAAAAGAAACUAUUUCUUCAAAACACUAUUUACAAUUCCUUUCGUUUUAAAAAGAAUACUCUUAGUUUUGAUGAGGAAAAAAAUUCAUUUCAUUAAACAAAAAUUACCGUAUUCAAAUUAAGAAGAUUUAUUUCAAUGAAAACAAUUCAUUUCGAUUAAAAAAAAAGAAACUAUUUUCAAGGUCAAUUGCAUUCUUACUAAGAUAAUCACUAAAAAAAAUCACUAAAAAAGAGGAAAAUUAAAUAACGUUCACAAUGUGUUAAUGACGAAUAUUUGCCAUUUAAAAGUAAGGAAACACAUCAAUAGUCCGAUUGAAUGGCUCCUUCAACAACUGCGACGUCAAUAUCAACAUUCUUAAUGUCACAUGGCACUCUUCUUGUGUCACAUGGCACUCUUCUUCUAAUAAUAAUAACAUUUUUUUAUGAACAAUUAGUUGUUUAUUUAAAUGUUGAAAUAUGUAGGUAAUUUACAAAAAUAUUUGAAAUAAAAAAGUAAGCAAUAUACCGUAAAAUUCUGAAAGUAAGCCCGGGGGCUUAUAUUUUUCAAAGGCUCUUUUUGAGGGGCUUAUUUUUUGAGGGGCUUAUAUUCGGAGGGGCUUAUCUAAGGAGGGAAAUUUGCGUUUCGCAAUCGAUAGGGCUAGCCUUAUAGUUGGGAGUAAAUUUAUUGUUUUUCCUUUGUUUUACUUUGUAUUUGAGGGCAAUUUUCCAAGUACAAGCCCCCGGGGGGGCUUAUAUUUGGAGGGGAGAUUUAACGGAGGGUUUUGGGGUUACCGGUUUGGGGGGCUUAUAUUUGGAGGGGCUUAUACAUGGAGGGGCUUAUUUUCGGAAUUUUACGGUAUAAGACUAACAACUAUACAGUCAUAAAUUAUCAAGAAAUUCAGUGGCAAUAAUGAUUUUCCAAAUACUUUCCUUGUGGCUCGGAUGCAAUCAUUUCUGGUAGCACAAUAUCACUUGCACACAGUUCAGUGUUUUAAAUUAAGUCAUCGCAAAUGCAUUUCUCCUUUUCUGAAAUGAAAAAAAAUCAAGAUAAAGAGAAUAAAUUAAACCUUGCAUCCCUAACUGGUCUAAAUGGCACUUUCUGCAUUUUCAAUCUUGUUGUCAACAUUUUUUAAGAUGUCAUGUCAUGAAUUAAGCAAAUCAUUAAGAACCAUAUAUGCAGGAGUCUUUGUGUGACUUUUCAUAAGAGAACUCGCGAUUCCUCCCUUUUCUUUUCCUUUCUUGCCUUUUUUAACAUUAUGGUUUUUCGGAAUCAGCGCUGCUUAGAAAACUGAAAAGACUUAAAAAGCUGGGUUAACAUAAGUGUGUGAUAAAAGGGAGAAUUUUUCUACUCUAUUCUCACUGCAUAUAUAAUGAGCGUUUUUCACCCCUCCCACCUCCCCUGGUGGCGGUGACCACAUCACCAAGCCUUGCUGCAUAUCUUUGUCAAGGCAGUUGCGGAUUCGUCCCAUUACUUAGUUUGCCGGGAUGCCACAAUAGCUAUGCAGUGAGGAUAAAUUACUAAUCCCAUCCAGACAGGGUCGCAACAGAGGCAAGGUCGACAGACAAUUAAAUAUUUUUCUCUCAUUUCAGGGAUGCCAAAUUGCAUCGAGAAAUUCGACAAACUCGCUGAGGAACUCUUGAAAAGCGACAGCUCCAGUUAUGCAGACAUCAUUCAAAAAGCAGGAAAAGCACUGGAAGAAAGCACAGACGAGAUGGAAAAGGCGAAUGGAGAGAUUUACGUUAAAAUCAUGAAGAAGAUCCAAGAGAAAGGUGUUGAAUACGUUGACAGUGAAGUGGUGCGCGUUCAAAAACUUUUGAAAGAUAAAAUAACUGACAAAAAGAAGGAUCUGUUUAAGAAACGAUUAGAUAUUUUAACAUCUUUUCAGCUUGUUAAGCAAGGCAGUGAAAAAGAUGAAUUGUAGUAUUGUUUUAGUGCCACCCCACCUUAGGGAGGUUCGUAGUGAAUUUCUAUUUGAAUUGCUAGCAUGUUUGAGAGGUCUUUUUCAGUUGCAGCUAUGCAUGCCACUUUAUCUAACAAAUGCAACUUUUGAACAUAAACAAAUAAAAUUGAGGAUGGCAGUAUUGAAGACUUAACGUUUUGAAUGGACUGAGUCAUUUUCUCAACCAACUGAUUUUUGACAAAUAUCUUUGAAUUGAUAAUAGCUAGUUGACAAUGUUAUAACUUUAAUAAAUAAUGGUAAUAGGACUGAGUGGAGUCCAGUUAGGUCUGUAAUCAUAAGAGUGAUUUACGAUGGAGUCCGAUUUGUUUAAUCACGCGUAUGAUUGCAGACUGAAUUGGAUGACUUGUUACCAAUUAGUCAUAACUACAAUUUGUUUUAGUUUUACCAGCUAGGCUUUUUUCAGGUAUUUUCUAAACUUAAAACACAAAAUAUUCCGAAAGUUUUUUUACUCGCAGUGAAAAAAAGAAAAGCUGCUUGUGUACCGACACCCCAUCGUCUCUCUCCCCGAUUUUUUCUGAGGGAAGGGGGGCGUCUUUAGACAGGCUAAAGCGCACGCUUGAUGGUGUGCACUGUCCAAUUACUUAGGCAUGAUGUGUAUCGUCCUAUUACACUGUACUAUUAGUGCUGAAAUCAGGAUAGUUGAUAGCCAAUCAGAUUUUGUUAGUUAUGAUUAACUAACUUACUGAGAUAUAAAAUAUCAGCAAGUCCGCAACGACAAACCGUUGAGUGGUGCAGGAUCUCUCAGUUGUAGACUUGGAUCAGUACAAUAAUAACUUGCACAAAAUCAUAAAACGGCAAACUGAUCCUUACGGCAAGGCGAUGAAGAAGUAAACAAAAGAAUAGAACGAAAGUAUAAAUUGCCCAAUAUUUCAGUUUGAAAGCAAAUCUUCCUCAGGGGCUUAAAGAAAAACUUUAACUUACUGAGACACGAAGCUCCGGCCCACCGAAAGCUUGGAUACUCGCGUGGCGAGCGUGCGCGCCAAGACAUACGCUGGCAAAAUAUUAAACAGCAAUUAUUGAAAUACUGCAAAAUCACAAAGCUUGGGGAAGUCGCCGCGAUACUCAUAACCUGCGAGUAAGCUCUCCUGUUUGGGCGAGUGAAACAGGUUUUGCGAGAACGCGCGAGCGAGUGGCAAAGCCCCUCGCUCGCGUGUUCUCGUGAGGCUCGCUUCGCUUGCUAGGAGAGCUUGCUUGCAGGCUACGAUACUCACGGAUAGCAACAUUCAAGAGGUGAACCAGAUUUCUUUGAAUCAUAAUAACAAUACCUCCAAAGGGAAGGAGGGAGGGAGGAAAGUAUACAAAGAAAAAUUUCAACGGCAGCUCUUACUACUGCCUGGUUGCAGCAUAGUUCUUGAAAAUAGAGGGAAUGUCGAACAAGAGAUCUGGGAACGAGAUUUCGUACCGAGAGCAAUUAGCAAAUGCAGGUGGUGGUAAGCGCUGUAAGCAGCAGGCCUCUAGCCUGCUGGCAGACGUUCGAAAGGUCGGAAAAAGGAAUUUGGGCGUGAGAAGGGAGGGGGAUCCUUCGCACUUGUCAUACGCCCAAAAUCCCCUUUUCCCAUUCAAACGCCACGUACAAAAAAGCUUUUAAGCCUGUAUUGCCGUUCAGGCAGCAGUAUAAUCGUCUGUACUGAGAUCGAGACCGCUUGCUUUCAGUAUAUGUCGCCGAUCUACCUGCUACGUACCCGCUGUAAAUGACCGGGAAACUGAACACACGGUGCCGGCAACAAGAAACAUCGCAGGUCUUUUGUUGUACCGCCGAAUAUUUGGGUCCCUCCCUCCCGAAACCGCGUGUACCUGGAACUAGUGUAUUGCUUGCUUUUGAUCUUUCCGCGCUGAAAAGCACGCUGUGGUCCACGCCGUUUAGUAGAUCGCUUUUUGCGCGUUUGUAAUCACACAGACCUGAAAAUCAAGGUAGGUGGAAAUUAAAUGGUUUGGUUUUGUGUUUAAGGAAAUAAUAGGGUUCAAGGAUGGACUUAAUCGUCAGUGUAACUGAAUCACAACAUCGGAAGCGUCCAUUAUUGACUGCAUAGUGGAAGCUUAUCAAUCUUCUCGGUCGCGUAAAUUUUCGAAUAACAUGUAAGACUUAACUGCCUGUCUGCGUUUGUUAAAUACAAUGUAUUUUUGUAAACUUUGGUUUGUGUCGCGUAGCAUUUUCCACUUUCGCUGCAUUCAUUUUUUAAGUUUAUUCGCAGGGCAUAAACGUUUGUCGAGUUAACGCGACGCCAUAUUAGUCUGGCCGUUUCUAAGAAUGCUUCGUUGUGUGGCGAUUUUACGUCCCAGGGUUCUGGGAUCGCCAGGGGGCAAACAUUGUGAGUCGCUACAAGGAAAUGUAUGGCGUGGAGUUGUUUCUCCGUUAAAAGCAGUGUCUUUGGACAUAGAAUGCCACAUUUUGCCAUGAUUUUAUGAGAAACGGAGGUGACUUAUGUUGGUGCUUUGAAAUUUCAAGUUUCUGUGUGAUUAAUGUGAUAAAUUCUAUCGAUAAACACUCCUUGCGUGAGGUUGAGUGUGAAAUUUAUGUUUACUGAAUUCACACAGUGAUCUACAUGAAGAAAAGGUCUCAAAAUAUAUAGUGCAAACUUAGGUAUACAUGUAGGGGGAUUGGCUCAUUUAAGCGGUUAAGUGAUAAUUACGUGUGGUGAUAUUUACGACGAGUGUAACUACGCUCGGCCGCGAUCAGCGCUCUGCGGCGCUGUGCGGGUUAUGACAAGACAACAAUCGAAGGUAUGUACGUGGCCAUAAAAAUAAAAAUCCUCCUUUACUUUGGUGUAAACAAAGUGACAUCUACGAAAUAUUUCAUGGAAAGUACAUGGUAUUUAACCAUUAGUAGAUGAGGCAAAAUCGUAUGAACGAGCAGGAUUUCCGAUACAAAAGCAGUUAGAGUGUGUAAAUAAAUCCCAAGCUGAUAUGCGAAAUUCAGAGAUUCUAUUUCUUCCCUAAAAAUGAUUGGAAAAGGCAUCAGAACUCAUUGGUGCUCUGGAUCAUGACGAAACCUUUCGCUUGUGUUUUUUUGGCAAGAAGAAAUCAAAAUACUAAUGUGGGGAAGAUGUUUUUGUUUUUAAAGUUAACACAUAUGAAAUUCAACAAUACAUAAACUUACCGCCGAUCGUUGUCACAAGCCGGCUCAGCAUUGUGAUCGCUGCCGAGCGGAGCGUAAUUACAGUCGUUGUAAAUAUGAGCACAUGUAAGUACAACUGGAAAGGCUUAAAUGAGUCUACAUUCCCCGCUCAUUUAUACCUAAGUUAGUACUAUAUUUUUCGAGACCAUUCAGACUGUAAAUUUCACAGUCGACCUUAAGCAAGGAGUGUUUAUCGAUAGAUUUCAUCGUAUUGAUCCCACAAAAACUUACAAUUUCAAAGCACCAACAUUAGUUACCUCCGCUUCUCAUAAAAUCUCAGCAAAAUGCGGCAUUCUCGUCCAAAGACACUGCUUUUAAGGGAGAAACAGCUCCACGCCAUACAUUUCUUUGUAGCGACUUGCAAUGUUUGCCCCCUGGCGAUCCCAUAAUCCUGUGCGCAUAACUAAGUCUCACAUUACUGGAAAAUCAUUCAUUGCGCCAAAACAGCUAAUGUAAAACAAGGCUGCUAAAUUAAUUAUAUUUAAAAUUUUUUGCCCAUGAAAUUCUGCCAGAGGAUGCUGUUUGAAGCUGGUAGAGCUUUAUUUAUGAAGAAUUGAAAGAUAUAUUCAAGGAAAACAAGCAGGGUUUUGACAGUAAAAGCCGUACUGUAACUAAUUUCAUUGCAUUUGAAGAAUAUAUGGUAAAAAAGUGUCUUGCAAAACCGUCGCAAAGUCUCUUGCUGACGGCAUUGUACAGCUUGCAAUUCCCAGUGUUUUAAUACAUAAGGAGAAUCAAUAUGAUGAUUCAGUGACUGUAAACAUUUCCGUUUUUAUUAAACAAACAAACAUUUCAUUUCAGAAUGAUAUUUCACUAAAAAACAUGAGAUUGGGAGUCCUGUCAUGAGAAAAGUUAAAAAUCAUGAGCUUGGACCAGAUUGGGAGUUGAAGAGCAAUGCAGUUGCUGAUCUUUUUGUCAUGAUUAUAGCCUGGGUAAAUCAAAAAGCUUGAAAAGUUCUGUCUCAAAGUUGGCCAUAGUGCAGGGUUGUCAUUAAGAGCCGGGAGCCGGGGAUUUUCCCCGGCUACUAAGAGAGUGGCCCCCGGCUACUUUUAUUGGAAAAUAGAAGAAAAAUAGAACCAAAAGAAAUCCCUAGCCAUUUGAUUCCCCGCGUACUUGUUGUAUUUACCCGGUAACUUGAAAUCUUAGUGACAACCCUGAUAGUGCUUAUUUGAAACAUUCAAAGUCCAUAUGAAGACAACUUAUCAUCCUGUGAAAUGUCAGUACAAAAGUCAUAACAUCAAAAGCUCUGGGCAAUCGCGGAAGAGGAAUGAUCUAUGAUAGUUGUUGUUUUGAUAUUGGGUGCUUUCAUGCAGAGCAACUAUAUGUUACGAACGGUGUCUACACCCGAGUGACACAUUUGCAUAUUGCAGUGCCCACAAUAACUUUAAUCCAUAAGUUAAAAAAAGCAUCAAGCAGCCAUUUUGAAUUGUGUGUUUCAUAACAGUCCGAUUUACAGUCCGAUUUACAGUUAAGCCUAACUGCCAAUCAUAAUGAUAUCUCUGAGUUAUUGUAUAAACUGCUGCAGUUGAAAAUACAAACUACAGACUUAUGGACCCUAAUUUUUUGUCCCAACAUCACGAUUUGAUUGUUCUAUUCAGGGAACAUCAUCUUUGAGGAACAUACGAUCCCAUUCUCUACAUUUUUGCAGUCUUGGUGCUUUGAAUAAGUUGGGCAAGUGUCCCAAGAGUUCGAUUCCACUUCAAGCCUGAAAUUUUUUGGGUUCUUUUUCAAUCACUUAGGCCCGGUUCACACACCGAACUUUUCAUGAGCCAAACCUAAUACUUUGAAUUGAGUACAUGAAAAGUUUGGCAUCUCAAUCAUAUUAGGGAUGCCCGUUUCAAUUUGGAAAGACUCACCUGUUCUUUUUGCCUAGCCCAGCUGGAAUUUCGCCUUUGGAGCAACUUUGGAAUGGCUUUGAUUCAGAUGCCGAACUUUUCAUGUACUGAACCUAAUGCAUAAAUUAUUAUAACAUAUUUCGUAAGCAGUUUGACCAAAAUGAGCAUUUUGGGGGUUUUGAACUUAGUUCAGCUGCAUAUAGAUUGGCGUCUGAAUCAAUUCAGGCCAUCUUAAUAAUUUGGGUCAGCCUUAAUUGGUAUUAGGUUUGGUUCAUGAAAAGUUCGGCGUCUGAACCAGGCCCUAGGUUGUAUUGUUGUUCAUUCUACCGCUAAGAUCGCGUUCGCUUUCGCGUCUUGUAUCCGCAGUUCAAAAUAUGAUUCGUUUCAUAUAUUUCAUUUUGUGUUCCAAGGGUUAACAUAAUAAUGGGAGUUGAUUACCGUAUACAUAUAAUAAUAAUAAUAUGUAAUUUUGUCAUUGAGGGUCCUGUGGUUACUAAGAAUCUUCCUUUAUCCAAAAAAUGUUCUUUGUGGAAUAUUCUUAGAGAAGUGAGACAGACUAAAUUGAUAAUAAUAUUGCAUGUGUUCAUUUGUUUUUUUUGUAGAUGGUGACCAAAGUGUAUGUCGGAAACCUUGGGGAUAAUGGAAAGAAAGAAGAAAUUCAGAGAGAGUUUGAGAAAUAUGGAAGACUUCGCGAUGUUUGGGUGGCUCGUAAUCCUCCAGGCUUUGCAUUUGUGGAAUUUGAGGAUGCACGUGAUGCUGAUGAUGCCAUAAAGGAUUUGGAUGGGAAGCACAUAUGUGGAGCUCGUGUCAGAGUUGAACUGUCCCGACACAAAGGAGGUGGUCGCAGUCGAGGUGGAGGUGGAGGAGGCUACCGUGGAGGGGGAGGUCGCCGUUUUGAAGAAAGAGGUGGCUUUGGUCGUUAUGAUGACAGGUCCAGGUCACCCUAUCGGUAGGUUUUGUUUUGUUUUUCAGUGUGCUCUAUGAAUUAUUAAUAGAUUGAAUCCAUUGGUUUAAUGAGCAAUAGUAUUAGCUAGAUUUAAAGAGGAAGGUAAAAUCAGGCUGUUGUUUUGCUUGUAAUUCUGCAAUCAGUAAAUGUUAAUUUCAGGGAGUGUUCUAGCAUCUGCCAUAUUUAAACUAAGCUAAUCAUUUACAAUUUGUACCUGUGUACAAUCUGACACAAGUACCUUUAUAUGUAAUGUACAGUUUUUGUUCUUCAGUUAUCUCCAAUCAUUAGUUAAUAUGUUAUAGCUCUCCAUAGUGCACUCCAUUAUUGUAGCCAAUAAAUUAACUGUAGUAUGUUUUUUUAUGUGUUUCAUGCCAAAUACAUGUAACUGUUUGGGUUGUUCUUUAGGUUCAUCCACUAACCUCGUCUUCGCAUCUUUACCACAUUUUUAUGGUGGCAAGCUCAACAAAGUGUGGUGCCUAAGAGCACCUUUGUUCUCCAUUCAAAAUACCAGUACACAGGAUGUUCAACAAAACAUCAACAUUUUGUCCAGCAGAUUGUUCACUUCCUUCAAUCAACCUCCAAAUUCUGCCCUCGUCCAUCUGCCACCAACCAAUUCAACUCGACCUCCCUCUCUCUUUAAAUUCACCACACUCUGCUUUUGUGCACUCGGAUAUAAGAAAGGAUUUCUGCUGUCACCCUCAAGGUCACCCAAAUGCUGCCCACGUGUCGUCAGUUCAAAUCCAUGGGUUUCGAUUUGUUUGACAGCAGCAUGCAUUCCUCUCCUCGAAUUUGUCAACCUCCCCCAGCCAACUCGUUAGUUUACCUCUUCAGCAUGUGAAUCGACACUCCAGUUUGUUUAGCGUGGAAACUUGUGUUUUUCCUCUCCUGCAAUUAACCAAACUUCAGCUUUACAGGUAGUGGUUGAGAUGUUUUGAUUAGUUUUAAGGGGCAGUGUCACCUUUAUUAUUUUUCACUGUGAAAAGGCAAAAAAAUUGACAUGUAAACAAUUCAAUAACUUCAAAUGAAUUGUCUGAUGUUAUAAAUGUUUACUACAUACUGUAUGCUGGAAGGAAUUAAAAACUAUUUUUGACUUUUAUGUGGCUAGGAUGGAAAUCAUUUCAGUUCAGUGAAGUUUAUUAUGCAUGGUCAAUUUGCUGCAUUGUUUUUACACUCUGCUCAUUCACUCUUACAACUAAUAGCUUUGGAGCAGUUUCCUAAUGAAUUUGUUUACCAGGCCCAUGUCCUGUGCCUUUUGAUGUCAAAUCAUUUGCCUACAUUGUAGUUACUAGCUUUCCCAUGCUAUAUAGUUAAAGCAAACCAUGUGUAAUCUUUCAUCAUAUCUGCACACGUAAUUAAUAUUUAAAUAUUUCCACUAAUAUUAGUCUUUAAAUGUAAAACAGGUCACCACCAAGACGAAGGGGAAGGUCUCCUGAAAUGGACAGGUAUAACUUUUGUGUUGCUAAAUUAUUUGCCUUGUUCUGGGACUGGAGUUGGCCUCUGAAAGAAAAUGGCUUUUUUUGCAGAGACUUAAAGUUGGGUCUUGCAAAGGUAGCCCAUAAGUAGAGCUGUCUACUUACACUCAGUAGAGUGUCUGUUAAAAGAGGGCUUUGACUGCAUAUUGUUCCAUGGAGUGUUUACUGUCCAAAGCUGUUAUUUGGGUUCUGUCUAGUGUACCUGUGGCGUACCUGUAAAUUAUGUUAAAAUUUUAAAUAAAAUUUACACCCUGUUAUCUUCUCUUUUUGUCACAAGAAAAGGCAUUAAACACUUUGCAGUCAAUGCAAAUUUCAAAGCUGGUUAACCUGUAGUAAGCAAUCAGUCAGCCAUUUUCGAAAGUGACCAUUUGAUACAAAUUUGGCUGUAUUACCAGACUUGAUCAGUUUCACAUAUUUAUUGACUUGUAUCUUGACCUUAUUAAUGUGUUACAAAUAUAGUUAAGCUAACCUUUUUUCUCUCAGGUGGCAGUCAAGGAGGAGCAGAUCUCGUAGCCCCAGACGUUUCUGAGUUUGGUCUUAGCAAAUGCAGUUUUCAGCAACGGGUAACCUUACUCUUUUUUUAACUUAUUUGAUUAUUUAAAGAAUGCUCUGAUAGAGCACAGAUUCUGGCUGUUACUCCUGAAAAAUUUCUGCUCUGAUUUUAAUAAAAUAAUAUAUUAUCUUUCUUCUUUUUUCUGCAGAUUUCUGGUGCUAAAGAACUCUAAUGACCAUUUGAUUUACUCAAAACCAUGUAGAUGGCUGCAUAUUCUUCAUUCAUAUAUCCAAAGACAGUUUUUUUUAUUUCUAAUUUAAUUGUUUUCCUAUUUGUUCAGUUGUUUGUCAUUGAAAACUUCAAGCGUGUAUCACUGAGUUUGUUGAACAUUACAAUUUUUAUCCAAUGAAAGGUAGUUGUCCUGCAUUACAAUAUAAAGGAUGGAUAGGUUUCCUUUCACACCUUGCGCAGAUUUACCUAAAAUUUUGAUCACAGUAAUAAUACUUCAUUCUUAAGACUUGCUUAAUGGCAUGUGAUUCAAUGAAUUUGCUAGUUUCAGUGGUGGCUUUGGAUAAACUUUGACUCACUGCUCACUACUAAAAUCUAUUUAAAUAAAUCAGGCUAAAUAAAAUGAAAAUCAGUUACAGAAACCUCAGAUGUGUACUUCUCAGUAGUCUGAGAAAAUAACCAACUUUUCACAAUACUACCAAGCAGCGUGCAAAGAAUUUAAGUAGUGUUCAAUAACCCGGAUUUUGCUUUUGGGCUAGUGAAUUCUGUUCUUAACUUGCCUGACGGGCAAGUGAGGUUUUUUAAGGAAUUCAAAUUGAAAAAGACCUGUGAAAUGAAUCCUGCUCAUCAAAAGGCUUUUUGGACUAGUUGAAAUGAGUUUGGGCUAGUAGCCUGUGAACAGGCCUUUGGUCGAGCGGUGAACUAGGGAGAGGGAAAAGCGAAAAUUUCUCGGGAAAAUGAUUUCUGAAGACAAGGAGCAGAAAUUCCUUGCUAUUUUUUUCCCCAAACAGAGAGCCUGUUAACAGGCUAUUGGGCUAGUAGAUGCUAGCUUGAGCUUGCCCAAAUGGCAAGCUGUAAAAAUGAUUUUCUUUGCACCCUGACCAAGGGUUUCUCGGGAAAAUGAUUUCUGAAGACAGGGAGCAGAAAUUCUAUAUUGAUGAGGUGUGAGUACCCAGAUCUUGGUAAUGCUUCUGGUUGGUUGAAAAUUUGACCGAUCAGAAGCACUACCCAGAUCAGGGUAGUGACACUUUAUCAGUAUGGAAUUUACAUGCUUGUUUCUCACUUGUCAUUUCACGAAGAAACUGUUGGUGGUGUUGAAAAAUGUCAGUCUAAUGACAGCUGUUUUCUCAGGCUAAUUUCUCAGGUGGCAAGUAAUCUUUAGCUCGUGCUUUUUUACUCUGCUAACUGAGUAGUUGACACACAUGAAAGGUAAGGAAAAGACAGAAGGCAGUGUUCAAGGCAAAGUAACCACAUUUUUUAAGUUUCUGGCCAGAUGGCCUGUUGCCUACCAUCUGAUUUGAACUCUUUGUGGUGAUGCACUUGAUUUUAAAGCAAGUUUAAGCUUUAGUGUGAUUGGGUAAAUAUAGUAUUUUUUGAUUUGAUACUCAUCUGGAACUUUGUAUCUUGUGGAAAUGCCAUGAAGUCAUGAUUGAUAAAUACAGCGAGAUAAGUGAGGAUUGUUUUACUCAGAAGUGCAUAAGACACUUUUAUUAUUCUUGACAUGAUUUUGCCUUUUUCCUUUAUAACACAAUCAGUGUGAGGAUAGAUAAUCUUCUUACAGUUUAGAGAUCAGUGUUUCUGUUUGUCAAAUAUAAGUGUUUGAGUAUUAUAGCCAUUAAUACAUUGAUAAACUCUGUUAUACUGU